GAAGCAAACGCCCUUGGAAGGUGUGCCGUGGGAGAUUGUUUCACUGCUGCGUGCUUCAAGAAGCCUGUCUCUCUUGUUGUCGCGUCCAAGCUCACCGCGACCAUGGUCGCAGGCUCAUUCUUCAGCAUUGCCCUCCUGGCGCUAUGCUCCAACUACCCUCUCCAGCCGGACUCCAAAGGAGCAUAUCCACCUCCUGAAUGUAAAAUUCGGGAACCAAAACUCUUGGAAGGGCGCACUAUUAACAUAGUUACUUUGGAUAGUCCACCUCUAAGUAACAUUGGAGAAGAGGAUAAAGAAGGAAAUCAUAAAGGAGACGGGAUAGUGUUCGAAUUCAUUAACAUCCUGAUGUACAAGUAUGGCUUCAAGUAUAAUGUGUCGUUACCUAAGACUAAUGUUCUUGGGGACAACAAUUCCUCUCGAAUUCUCUUCGCAACUUGGUGGAUCUUCAUUACCAUCCUGACUUCUUUCUACACGGCCAAUCUGACUGCCUUCUUGACCCUCUCCAAGUUUACUCUGCCCAUCAAGGACGCCAAGGACAUUGCCAAAUACCGCUACAGGUGGAUCGCGCAACAAGGAGGACCCUUGGAACAUCUGGUUGAUACAAACGAAGACUUUGAUUAUUUGAAGGCCUCCCAGCAAAAGGGUUAUGGGAAAUUCCUGAAGAAGACAGAUGUAGAAAUGUUGGAAGAAAUUCAGAAAAAUAACCUAAUGUAUCUCCGGGAGAAAAACGCAGUGGAACAUCUGAUGCUGAAGGAUUACAACGAGAAAGCUAAGGACCGGUCCUUAGAGGAGAAGGAACGCUGUACUUUCGUCAUGACUCCAGAUGCUUUCAUGGCUCAAACCAUCGCCUUUGCCUACAAAAUGGAAGGAGACCUGCACAUUCCCUUCGACAAAGUGUUGCUGAGCCUCGUGGAGACCGGCAUCGUCAAGUUCCUGAUGCGGCGCGACCUGCCGCAAGUGCAGGUGUGCCCGCUGGACCUGGGCAGCAAGGAGCGCCAGCUGCGCAACGCCGACCUGUGGAUGACGUACAUGGUGGUGAUCACGGGCUUCAGCACCUCCAUCGCCGUCUUCGCCGCCGAGAUGCUCAUCCGCCUCUACCGUUACUGCAACGCGCGCGAGCUGCAGAAGCACGAGGAGAUGGCGCAGCAGUACCCGGGCGACUGGAAGUCCAUGGCGUUCAAGAAGUCGCAGCUGCAGGCGCCGUACGGCAUCUUCGGCGCCAACGUCAUGCCCACCGCGCCGGCCGAGCUGGGCAUGAACGGCCAGCCCAAGCUCAUGCCCAUGCGGGGCUCCGAGUCCGCCUUCAUGUUCCAGUACACGGCCUAAUGCGCGGGCGGCGGCUGGCCCGCGGCUCGCUGCCGCUGCGGGUUAAGAGAGCGAUCGCGACAGGUUGGUUUCUCUCCCUGAGGAUUUAUUGGGCGACUACCGAGGAUGGUUUCUGGUGGUAGAAUGGGAAAUUUCUUCAUUCUUGCUAUCCCUAGCAGAAUCAAACGCGUGCUUCUCAACACUGAAAUUUGAAGAAGUAACAUCGUCACGGAAAGAAAUGUUAGAGAAAAGACGCAAAUUUUCGAACCUUUUUUCUUCACACUAAAUAUUAAUGACACAUUAACAAAAAUACAUUUGUUGUUUAAUUGUAAAGUAUUUCAAUUCAUCCAAAUAUUCAUCGAAAGUAAAACAACAACAAUAA